AUGGCUCAGCAACAGAAGAAGAAGGUCGUUUCGAUCGCCCUCCUCGUCGCCGAUACUCCACCUCCGCCUGUGGUGGCUGUUCGCGGAGACUACACCCAGAUCUACCCGCGCUUCCUGCAAGAAUCACUCAACACGAUCAAGCGGCACUCGUGGCAGCCGCAGGUGGAGCUGCACGUCCGAUGCUACGAUGUCGUCAAGAAGAUGGAGUACCCUGACGAGGGGCAGCUGGGCGAUGGGCUGUGGGAUGCGGUGAUGAUCACUGGUAGCGCGUCUUCUGCGUAUCUGGAUCUGGAGUGGACCAGGAAGUUGGCAGCGUUCCUGCGGGCCACGGCGGAGAAUCACCCGCUUGUCAGGCUCAUCGGUAUCUGCUAUGGCCACCAGAUCCUGGCGAGAGCGUUCGAUGGGCAAGUGGUCAGCAACCCUAAAGGGUGGGAGCUGGGGACUUUCUCGUGCACCCUCACACCACACGGCAAGGAGCUGCUUGGCUACGACGAAAACGAAACCCAGAUGGCCAUCCAGCAAGUGCACAAGGACCACGUCCCCGAGCUUCCACCCGACUUCGCCGGAGAGAGCUUCGAGAACCUCGCCUCAACCGAGAUCUCGCCCAUCCAAUCGCUCAUCCUGCGCUAUCCGACGGAAGCACCGCCCCUCGCAUCCACCGCCCAGGCAUCCGCCUACAUGGCGUUCGAUAUCGAGGACUCGGAGACGGCCUCGUCGGGUCCCAACCCGCUCCGAUCGAUGCAUCUGCUGUCCUUUCAGGGCCAUCCAGAAUUCGAUCGCGAAAUCGUCGAGAACAUCAUCGAGGUGCGCACCGAGAUGGGGAUCGUCACGGGCGAGCUGCGGGAGAAGUCGUUGGUCAACGCCAAGAAGCCGCAUGACGGAUUGAAGCUCGGCCGGGCCAUCCUGGCGAUGCUCGGUGUGGAGGAGGCCAGGACCGACACAGGAGACAGCAUGGUCCAUCUUCAGUAA